GCAUGAUGUGUCUCUCAGGAUAUCCUUGGCGUGCUAUUUCUCAUGUAUGACAUGAUUUGGAUUCCAAUGCAAGCGUUCACACCUCCAGCCAGUCUUUUCGCAGAUUCCAUUGAUUUCACCGUGGCCACCUAUUGGACCCUGGACAUCAUUGGCACUUUCUUCACUGCCUACUAUGGACUCAAGGGAGAGCUGGUGAGAUCGCAUAAGCAAAUCGCUUGGCAUUAUUUGAAACGCUGGUUCCUAUUGGAUAUCAUCAUUGUGACAGUCGACUGGACAUUCAUGGCUGCCACGUUAGGAGAAGCUCAAGGCAAUGCCAUGGAAAAUGCCGAAGGGUCUGGGUUGGCACGCCUUGGAAAGGUCAUUCGUGUCGCACGGAUUCUUCGAACUCUGAGACUUCUACGGCUUAUGAAGCUGCGGCACAUUUUCUUCGCCAUCCAAGAGCGCAUUGAUUCGGAGGUGGUCUUCAUUUUGGUGGGCACCGUCAAGAACUUGCUGGUCUUACUUUUCGUGAAUCACGUGUUCGCUUGCUUAUGGUUUUUGAUUGGCAGUACAGGAGAAGGAGAUAAUCACUGGGUUCACUUCCACCGAAUUCUCGAUGCAAAUGUGGUGGAGCAGUAUAUGUGGAGUCUUCAUUGGUCCUUGACACAGUUCACGCCGGCAGGCACAGUAGUGCAUCCACGCAAUGUAUAUGAACGGGCAUUCAACGUUUUGCUUAUAUUGAUUGCUAUGGUGGGCUUCUCCUCCUUUGUUAGUGCAAUUACCGCAUCGAUGACCAGACUGCGCAGUCUGCAGGGCAAUGAACUCUCCGAGGCCUUUCUUUUGCGCAGGUUCUUAAAGGAGAAUCACAUCUCUGCAGACCUGCAGUCAAGAGUAGUUCGCUACAUUGACAUGGCCAUAGAGGUGAACCGGAAGAAGAUCGACAAAAGUCGCGUGCAAUCUUUGAACAUGCUCAGCGGUCCCUUGCGCGUGGAGUUGCAGAAGGAGUUGUAUUUGCCACACAUGGUUGUUUGCAAUUUCUUCGUCCGCUACGCCAAGAACGAUGCGGCCAUCAAUCAAAUAUGCUUCAAGGCUGUGGAGAAGAUGAAUCUUUCGAGAUCUGAUGUUCUUUUCCAGGUGAAUGGCGAGUGCCACAUGAUGUUUUUCUCGACAAGCGGGAGCUUGUAUUACCAACGGCCAAAGGAUACGCCUGCAUGGGAGGCCAAUCAAAAGCGAUCCCGCAGGAUUGCCAGCAUACCGCUCUUUCAUCGAGUCUUGACACUCUCCAAGGACAGCCACUUUUGCGAGCAUACUCUUUGGCUGCCUUGGUACCACCGAGGAACUAUGGGAGCUUUGACUGACAGCGAGCUUUUGACCUUGGACAGCUUGAAGUUUCGAGAAAUAACUGCCGAGUACAAGGACAUUUUUCAGAUCGCCAAAGCUUACGCACAGCAGUUUGCUCAAGACCUGCAGGAAUUCAGUGAUGAGCAUGGAUGUGCUUGGGACCUUCCAAGGGAGGUCACGCACCCCAAGAGCUACAAAACGACAACCACUGUCUACAAGUCGACACUGGAGCAGCAGCAGUUAGAGGAGUUGAAGAUGAGCGAGCUGCUUGCUGCCUGCAUUCAGGAGGAUUUUGAUCAGGACAUCGCGCCACAGGUUCAGGCAAAGCUCUCCAAAGCGAAGCCUCCCUCUGACGGUGAGGUUUCUUCACAGGUUGGCAAAUCGCACAGUCUCAAGAGUCUCAGGAGCCCAGCCCUUGGAGGCUCUGACAACCCAUCUCUUUUCAGUGAUAGAGUGGCAACGGACUUCCACGAGCAGCGCAUUUGAGUUUGUUCUAUCAGUCUCACUGACGGCGACGGUGCAAAUGCGCAGUGAAGCACUACGAC